AUGGUCCGCGCCGCACCAACAGCCUGCGCCCACGCCGCCGGGCAGGGAAUCAACUUCCGUCCGUCACGCAAGCGCAGCCCGUCCACAAGCUCGAUAUCCGCGCCCGUGGCCAAAGUCGCAAAGACGAGCAGCCAGUUGAGCAUCAAUUACCUCGCACGGCAGACGGUUGACGACCUGCCACUUAUCAGCAAAGACGACACGCUUCCCAACCUAAUACACUUGCUCGCGGCGUACAGCAAUAUUCUCGACCGGCACGAGUCAUUGGCCUCAAAUUUGGGUGCCAGACCUCUCGGGCCCAUUCUGAUCAAGCGCUUCGAACGCUGCUUUGAUGCGCCUCCAAAGAUCGUGGCUAGUCACCACAAACAUGCGACUGGAGACCCGGCAGAAACCAGCCACACUAUCACAUGGUUGGAAGUCAUUGAAUUCGCUCGUUCGCACCCGGGCCAAUUCACACUCGAUACUUUCUCCGAAGGCAGGAGAGUAUGCCAGUUCUACUAUCCACAGAAGCAGCUUCGCGUGCAGAUCAGCGAGGAAGAUUUCCUCUUCAUCAACAGCGGACGUUGCCAGGAGCUCAUACCACCUCUGCCAAUAUGGGAGGACGAAGAGAAGGAGGUGGCCACCUGCGAUGUUCUCGAGGUAAAGCUUAAAGAGCUGACCAAUGUUGCGGACAUGAUCGCAGCGCGCACACGACAGCUCAGUCACAGAUUGAAAGGGCGACGUACUGCGAUCCUCGAGAGGAGAGCAGAGGGAGGCAGUGGGACACCAGCGAAGGCUACCGCACCUCAAACAACAACAGCUCCACCUCCGUCCUUGACUUCUGGUUUCGUAGCUGUCAAUUCGACAUCGACGAACGGCAAGCCAGCUAUUGAUAGCGUGGAGCCAACUAUGGGAUCGAAUGCAGCAGUUCGUAAUGAGCUCAUGCGCCAUUUCGAGAGCUUGCCGCACAACCAGGGACUGUCAAAAUCACAUGCCAGAAACCACUCUGCGACAGCGAUCGAUGCCUCACGACAGACCCCAAAGCCCAUGGACCUCAGCAGCGUGACGCAGAAUGAUGGCGCCAUGUCUACCACGUCCUCUGUGUCACCUGCGCCUCACAACGUGUUUAACGAUAACCUUCCCUACGCUGCCGAUGGCACCCAGGCAACUACGAGCACGCAUGUGCAUCGACCUUCCAUGAGCAAUGGGAAUCAGUACUCUAGUAGCGGUACGCCUCUCAAGCACAACUUCAGUCGCCCACUGCCUCCUGCUCUCGAGAGCAGUCAGCCAUUUCGACCACUCUGCCAGGCUCACAUGGACGGUCUCCCUCGCGGGACCAGAGUCAUGCCACCAUGCGAUCGAUGCCGUAGAUUGCGCAUGGAUUGUGUCAAGAAUUUGACUUCGUGCGCCGGCUGCACGAGAAAGCACGCGCGUUGCCACUGGCGGGAUGUGUCCCGCGAUGAGCUCGGAGCUUUAGACCAAUUUAACGAAUUUGCUUAUCCACCUUCAGGAGAGUUUGCAUCGACCAACGGAAUACUCCACAGCAAUGGUCAUGGCAGCGACAAUGGCGACCACAACGAGGAGAGCGACGACGAUGAUAGCAACCCUCUCGAGGACCUGGAGGCUCUUGGUGAGAAAGCAGAGCAGGAAAAUCAAAUCCGAGAGGACGAGGAGGGCUUGCGCAACGCAAAGGAACUUGCGCGGCAAGGCUGGGAGGACAAGCCGGCACCUGCAAGCGAUGUUGAUGUUGAGGGCCGUGAUGGUCCCAAGACACCUGUAGUAGACGACGCUGCGCUGCCCGAAUAUGCGCCACUCGACAGCGCAGCAGACUCAAUGGUCAGAUCACAUCCAGAGCUGGAUAUUAAGGUAUCACCAUCGGCAGACUCCGGAAAUGUGAGCACGCUGCCGAACUCCGAGACCGCGAUCACGAAUGGUUUUCGGGCCGUGAAUGAUAUCACGAAUCAUGGCAUGGCUCCGAGCGGGACUGGAUGGCGAGCGAUAUGAGGGUUCCAUGAUACUACGCACUUCUGACCGAAUUAUUACUAGCCUCUCGCGAUGCACCAUGUAGAUGCCAGAAAAGUUGCUAGACCUUUGCUCAACCACUUCUCGGUCCUUUCUCCACAUCAUACAGAGAUGCUGUGCCUUUGUACAGCCGCCGCAGAAGUGGAUUCGGCGGCAGAUCACUCAAUGGUGAUCAUCAAAGAGAUCGUGGGGCAUUCAUAGACAGGCCUCAGUAUAACAGUAAGUGGUGGUGGAGUACAGCGGAAUAGAAUACCGGGCAUGCACCGAUCCACUGAUGCGCCAAGCCCUGUCACGUCGAAUACUGUCAUCAAGCUGCUAUUACUGGUACCUCCUACCUCCUACCACCAUUCCGACUGUAGGCAGAGCACGAGUCAUGUGUACCUUAUGCAGCUUGUGAAGGACGACAGCGUCCAGAGGCAAUUAUGUCUUGCAUGACACUAGUAUUCACGAUGCCCAGACCGACAGACGGUCUCUAAUGUUACACCGAC